UAAAUAAAUAAUAAAUUAUACAAAAAAGUUAAAAUUAUCGAAUUUUAGAAUAAAUGUUUAUUAAUCAGAAAAAUUGCCAUUGUGGCUUUAAUACGCUUCUUUCAUCUUAGGAAACAAAUUUUUGCAUACCGGAUUUAAAAGUUCUGAGUUUUUGGAAUUUAGAAAUUCCAACGGCGUUUUUAAUAGCUGUUUUGUACAUUUUUUGUUUUUUAAAAAUUGGUGGAAAUGUUUAAGCAGGAGAAUUGAUUGUGAUACAUAUUCAACAAUAAAAAUUGCCGAAUCAUGAAACAAUAAAAUAAAAUUCUAAAAGUUACAUAAAAAAUAUUUAUGUAUACGCACGUAUACGUGAUGAAAAUUUGUUCUACGCACAUGUCACAUUACAUAUACUGUAAAUUAUAAUAAAUCAUUUUUAUAACCAAUUUUAUACUUGAGAAAUGUCUUUAUGCAUAAACUGCGUACAAGAUUUUUAAAACAAGUUACUUUUGCCUGCGUUAUCUUGCUCAUUGCUUUUUCUUAUUCUUUUCCGGUAUACUUAACUUACCUUGAAAUUAUUUUUAAGUGCAAAAACAUGUUUCAGGGGCUGUUCAGUAUCAUUACACUUGCCAAUUGACGCAUUAACUCACAUGUAUUACGAUUACGUUUGACCAGAAAGGUAAAACGUUAUCAUGACAUACGAGACAUUAUUUUAUCUUGAUAAUCAGGUAUGCAAAAGACCCACGAUGAUGUUCAUAUUACCAGGAAUUGUGAAAUUCGGUAUAUAAUUUUAACUAUAUUGUUUCAAAAUUGUUGCUAUUAUUUAUGUAAAAAUUGGUAUAUGUAAAUAUGAUUUAGCUUCUAUUAAAUUCUCAAAAUUUACCAAGCUUGAUACACCUUUUAUUUAUACUCGUAUGCAAUAAUACGCGAUUGCAAUAAAUUACGUUGUUGUCUCCAUGUACAUGAAUAUGAAAGUACGAAUAUAAUGAUUGUUGAUAUGAAUUUUAAUAUUUACAUUUUUCUAUUGACACUUACAUAUUUCUGCAUAGUACAGUGCCAACGUGCAAGUAUAAAUGUGACGAUAAACAAGUUUGUUCGAAACAGUUCCGUUUAAAAAAAAACAGUCUACCAAGUUAAAAACACGUUAAAUAGAGAAAAUUCUUGAUAGUUUUUAAAUUAUUAUUUGAUUAAUAAGAUUAUCAAUCGGAAAUAUGGAAAUAUGUCGAAAAUAUAUCGGUAAUAAUAUAUAUCUUUUUUUGUUACUGGUUUUUGCUGCCAGAACAUUUGCUUGGUCAAAACAUAGAAGAAACAUAGAUAUCAGCGGUGAUUCGCUUGCGGAUGAUACUUCAAGUUUGGCAGAUUUAAAUAAUAUAAGAAGAGUUGAAAAUAAUAUUAAUUUAAGGACGCUGCACACUUUAUUGAAAUUGGGAGGAAUACCGUUGAACCCCUUAGCACCAUUGGAAGAUAAUAACGAUAUACUUAGCGGAUCUAGUAAUGACGGAAUACCAGUGAGUAUUAGUAAUGAAAAAAACUCUAAUGAAUUGUCUGACGAAUCUGGAAAUAAUUACCAAUCGCCAGAAGGAUCCAAUGAUAACACAUUUUUGGGACUAAUCAAUUCUGAUCUGCGUCUAAGCUUAAGAGAAAGCGUUGAUCUUUCGCUUCAUACUGGAGGAAUUGCUGCUAAUGGCAACAGUAGAAUAUUAAUUAAUAUUACAAAAAUUGGAGGACAUAAAUCGCCUGAACAAAAUUGCAAUAAUAAUGGCACAUCAAGAAGUAAUCAAACAAACAGGAAUGCAAAUGAGAGUGGAAAUUUAGAAGGAGAAACAUCAAGCAAUGAAAUAUUACAAAAUAAUACCAGUGAUUUGAUUACUGGAAACGACACAGAUAGCGCCGAAAACAUUAACGAUAAUCAGGACGAAACAAAUGGAGGCCGUGGUAGCAAUAGUACAGUCGAAAAUGAAGCAGAUGAUGUAACACCACAGGAGGAAAAUUAUAAUAAUCAAGAAGAAAGAGAAAAUAAUACAGUAUCACUUAAUGGUGAAAUAUCUAAUAAUAAUAGUACUAAUAGUACUAAUAGUACUAAUAGUACUAAUAGUACUGAGAGACCAUACAACGGUGACGAAUUUAUUUCACCAUUUAUUUAUAACUGCGAGGCCAUUGUUUAUUACUUAUAUAGGGUACAAAAUGAUGACCUGGCCAACAUGUGUGAAUCUUUACAACGCAAUAAUAAUUUUUUCUACGAAUUAGGUCAAAUCUGAUAAUUUGCAAUAGAAAUCGUCGAUACAAAAUUUUUGUUCAAUAAUAUGCACCGAUAAGAAAGAUUUCAUCUUUGGAUUUAUCGAAAUCCGAAGAAACUUUCUGAUCAACAAUAUUAUAAUUAUAAUACAUGUAUAUAUUACAAUUGUUAUAAUGUAAAAAUAUAUUUUGCAUAACACAUA